AUGGAAAUCAUUAACAGGUUCUUCCAUUACUUGAAUUUCCUCGAGUACCUCCAAGGACGCAUUGCGGACGAGUACCCCGCCCUCGGGCCCUUCGUCUUACCCUUGUUCGUGCUGGCCGCGGCUCUCGUCUGUAGCCUCCUGAAGGGCAUCUUCAACCACUUCCUCAUUGUUAAACCCAACCCGUAUGCCCCGUAUCCAGACCUGUCCGAGCACCUCCCCGGCCCGACCCCCGGCGCUAUCGGAGAGGGAGCCAGCACCGACCCCGGCAGCAGAAACUCCAACGUUCCCAGCGUCCCGAGCCUGCCCCCCGCCACGGCCCACGUCGCGCAAACCCCCACCACCACGCGCUCGGCCGCCAUGCCCAGUAGCCGCAGUACGUACACCUACCAAGCGGAAGACGUGCAGUACGUACCCUACAACCAGCCCAACGGGCGCGCGGCGCACGCCCGGCAGCAAGCGCAAAAUGGAACCUCGCUCAAGCCUCUCACCUGGUGGCAGAACCUGUGGUAG